AUGGCACCCAAACAAUCAGGACUGAACUUUUCAGACUCAGACUAUGAUGAAGAAAUUGACAUCGAAGGCGACGACAUACCUGCAGCCUCCAAGAGCAAAGGGAAGGGUAAGAGUGCGUUGAGGAAUCGCGAUUUGGGAGGGGGAAAGGAUGUAAGUCGCCAACGUCGUACAGCGAAGGAUACUCUGGGAGCCACGUAUACCCGAACAUGGGAUGCAGUCCAGGAAGAUGAGAGUGGCAGCUUGCAGAGUGUUGUAGAGGAUUUGCUCGUAAGAAGUCGACGGCGAAGACUUCUGGCCCCGCAAGGUGCAAUACGACGAACGAUCAUUCGGCAUCUAAUUAUUAUCAUUGACCUCUCGACCUCAAUGCUUGAUCGAGAUAUGCGUCCGACGCGUUUCGAUCUCACACUGCAAUACAUGCGGGGAUUUAUUAUUGAAUGGUUUGACCAGAACCCGUUGGGGCAGAUUGGGAUUGUUGGCAUGAGAGGAGGGUUAGGAGAAAAAAUCUGCGACAUGACCGGCAACCCCCAGGACGUCGUGAAGACUAUAUUGGAGCGUGCUAACUUGCAGAACGCAAUUGAAAUGGCGAGAAGUAGCAUGAGCCAUCUACCGACGCAUUCAUCACGAGAAAUCCUCGUCUUAUUUGGUUCCUUGACAACUUGUGACCCAGGUAAUAUUCACGACACGGUUCAGUCAUGUGUAGUAGACAGAAUCCGCAUCAGCGUCGUGGCGUUAGCAGCGGAGAUGAAGAUAUGCCGAGAUAUGUGCUCGCAGACGGGAGGGUCAUUUGGCGUCGUCCUGAAUGAGGGUCAUUACAAAGAUCUCAUGUUUGAUGCUAUUCCUCCGCCAGCGCAGCAUGCUCUUCCAACUGGAAAAGGUCCCAACGCUCCUACUACAUCUAAUCCAUCGUCUGACCUACUCAUUAUGGGCUUCCCGACGAGAUUGCCCGAAUCAUCACCACCGAGCUUGUGUGUGUGCCACUCCGAUCUAAAAAGCCACGGCUACCUUUGUCCGAGGUGUUUAUCCAAAUUGUGCGAUGUACCCACAGACUGUGAUAUCUGCGGAUUAACUAUCGUGAGCUCCCCACAUCUUGCGCGCAGUUAUCAUCACCUUUUUCCUGUCAAGCCUUAUGAAGCAAGAUCGUCCGUUGCCGACGGUGAUGAACUAGUGUGCACAGCAUGCUCUCUGGCUUUCCCUUUACCACCCGUAACGUCGGAAGCCAUGGAAGGUGUCAGCCCUGUUAGGCGCUAUAGGUGUCCAGACUGCAAACAUGACUUCUGUUCACAGUGUGAUGAAUUUAUUCAUGACAUCUUGCAUGUCUGUCCUGGCUGUAAAUAGAACACAUUCCCCUUGUGGGGGUGCCACGAAUGAACCACAUGCUGAGAACGUUA